AUGACUGACGCCCUCAACGAUGCUACCGAUGCCUCAUCACAAUUUGUUACUGCGCCCUCGAGAUUCGCUGGAAGCCUGGAUCCCGGAGGCGGACUUGUAGUCCCAUUGACCCCCAGCACACCCACGACACCCACUACUCCCACCGACCCUAACACUCCCACCGGAGAAGGCAGCGGUCGAUCGAAGAAGACAAACCCUCUUACCGACCUCAUAGAAACAGAAAAGGUGUAUGUGGAGCUGCUAACAGGCAUCAUCCGGAAAGUCGCAGCAGCAUGGUCUCGCUCCAAUCUUCCGCCACCCGAUCUUGAUGCCAUGUUUCGAAGUAUAGAGAGCGUCUACAAGGCAAACCGUUCUCUGCUUCUGAAACUCAAAGAGAUUGGGACGAACCCUUCGUCACCGAAAGCUUUAGGAGAUUUACUGAUGCGAUGGAUCGAUGAUCUAGAGACUCCGUACACCUCUUAUUGCGGCAAAUACGUGUGUGGCUUCGAUGAAUGGGAGCCAGUACAAUCCAACAACCGAUUGCCUGGCGUUAUGGCCACCUUUUCGGCCGCCAACCCACCUCCCUCUUCCUCAGAAUCGCCGCUCUGGUCUCUGGACGCCUUGUUUCUCUUACCGAAGGGUCGUCUCAAGUAUUACAAGAAACUUUACUCGAGACUGCUUAAAAGCACCACACCAGGUAGAAGCGAUCACCGACUCCUCCUGGGUGCUAUCGAGAAGCUGGAGAAACUGUUGGAGACGUUGGAGAAUAGGUCGAGUAUCCGAGUCGGAGCGCCAGUACUCCCUCCAGUCGUUUCUGCGCCCACCGAUGUAGAGGACGAAGUAGUUAUCGGGCCGAAUAUGGCCUCCAUGAUUAGCACUCCCUCUAAACAGGAUAUCGGCUCUGUCACGCCUGUGAGUGAGGGCAGUAGCUCGGCUAGAGCGAGUACUUUUUCUGGGCCGCGUUCGUCUCAAGAAACGACCUCUACUUCUCUAAGCAGGACAUCAACGAAUGCAACAAUGACGAUGCCUAUUUCUGAUCUGGAGAGAAGGCUCUCGACUGCACGGACUCUGGAUAUAUUCACAAUGAAACCGAAGGUGGUUCGUCUGCAAAUGUUGCCACCCCAUCUCCCCUUCACUCGUGAGAUGCGCAUAUCCAUUGACGCUGUCAUUCGAUUCACCCCUCGCGCAACCGGGGUCGAAGUAGUUCAUCCACACGGUCACAUUUUCCUUCUGUCUGACUUAUUUUUGGUUUGCGAUCGAAUGUCACCUGAGGAAAGGGCGCAAAACGGGGAUGCCGACAUGUGGUUGUGCUAUCCGCCGUUAGCUGGAAAGGUUCUGCGGGUGUCUGAAGUACCGGGUCAGGACAAUGCACUUCAAGCGGCCAUUAUGCGCAAAGAGACUUUGAUUAUCGAGACCGAGUCGCCCGAAGCGCGGAAUCGUUUACUAUCGGAAUUGAGCCAGUGUAUUGAGUUUGCGGGAACAGUUGCACCCGUACCAAAACAGCCGCCCCCUCCUAUGCCGCCGCUAAACACAAUACACCAGAUAACUCAUGGGAAUGCCAUGCAUGCCAACCAGGCCACUGCUGAACCCGAGCGAGGUAGGAGCCCGCCAAACAGCAGGGCUCCACCAACUACACCGCAUCGUGAGCCCUCUAUCGGCCAUACAAACGGUGUUGCUGUUGGUCAAGUUUGGAAUCCACCAAGAUUACCUAUGAUCGACCCAUCUGUGCCACCUCCGCCAGGCUCCCAGCGUGGUCCUCCCUUGCAUCAAUCCAACGGCAGUCCCGUCUAUCCUCCUAUGCGUUCCACUUCCGCAGUGGGGCAGCAAAUACCUCCAGGGCCCACAAGUCGUCUACCUGCUCGGAGCCCCAGUACGGGGCCGCCCGGCGCACCCAAUCCCAUGCCUGUUCGAAGCCCCAGCGCCGGCCCCCCCUCGCGAGCCCCGAGUGCGGGUCCUAGUAUGGGUGGCCCGUAUCCCUACCCUGAACGAAGUCCUAGUGCCGGUCCCCUACCCAACCAUCCCCACCAACCUUGGCAACUUCCUCCGCAUCCUGGCGCUGGUCGCGCUCCGUAUGGUCCCCCUGGUCACCAUCCUGACGGAAUGCCUCCGCAGCAAAUGCAUAACCCAGCAAUGAACUCCCUGCCUCCCAGACCCGGGCCAGGAGGACCACCACCGAAUGGCGCCGGCCCUUCAGACCCCAAUUUCCAUGGAGGUUUACGCAAAUCGGUCUCGUCCCGAUCGCUCACGUCUCAGUACGAUCAACAACAACACCAGCCUGGCGCUCCUCCGAUACCACCGUUCCCCGGAGGUUAUCCACCAAACCCUAAUUUCGUUCCAAGAAGUAACUCACAGGGGUCAAUAAGUACCACGAACUCUCGUUCCGUCCUUCCGUCGUUGCAAAUGGGCUCUAGAGCUACUUCUUUUGCUGGAUCUUCUUUCGCAGAUCCUAGUCCGCCAGAUUCUCCUGUUGACGAACCUCCAAUGCCCACAGGUCCGGUGACGUCCACUAUCUCAGCGCAAAUGAAGUGCAAGGUCUUCCUUCAGCAGCAGCACGCGCAGUGGAAAUCUCUUGGCGCAGCGAAGCUUAAACUUUAUCACCAAGCCCCCACCAACAUCAAGCAACUGGUCGUCGAAGCCGAGAAGGACAAGGCGGUUCUCAUAUCGACAAUCGUACUGACUGAUGGUGUCGAGCGCGUCGCCAAAACAGGAGUAGCCAUUGAAGUAAGCAACAAUGGCUCCCGUACCGGCAUCAUCUACAUGAUCCAGCUACGAAAAGAGAGUUCGGCGAAUGGUUUAUUCGAGAGCCUUAUUGCGGGCUCCGAUAGAGCGACCAAGUAG